AUGACCCACACCCCCGACACCAUGGCCAACUCGGCCUCUGACUUCGCAAUACGCCAAAAAGAGGAAAUGCCGAUGAAGACAGCCGAUGAGAUGGCACUUGAUCACAAGAAGCUACUAUGGUUGGUGAUUGACAACGAAGUCUACGAUUGCUCGAAUUUCGCCAAGAAGCAUCCUGGUGGCGAGGCCGUUAUUCGAAGAUACGCUGGAAGUGACUGCUCUGUCCAGUUCUGGAGGUUCCACAGAAGAGAGCAUUUGAUGCUGUAUGGUUCUCCUCUAAAAAUUGCAAAGACAAAGGGUGUAAGAAAGGCAUACGACUCGUCCGAUCUGCCUCCACCAACGAUGUCGUUCAGCAAUACCACUUUCGAGUACGAUAGCGAAUGGUAG